CAUCCCUGCAUAUGAACAGCGCGGACACUUGAAAGGUGUCCGAGCGCAUGUGGGGAGGGGGACAUUAUUAUACAUCACAUCACACCGCGUUACAUGGCGUCCUUUCCAGCGACGCGUCUGCUCGCGUUCUCCGUUUCUGACCCAUAGGAUCGUACAUGUACAUUGACUUGCACGCUCUGAUUUGAGUCUCAUCACUGCAGACACAUUGCAACAUGCAGUGAAGCACUGACGCGAAGGCUAUGGGUCCAGGUACAUCCUAUCCGAAUAUUGCCAUCAUCGGAGAUUUUUCAGCACCAUCCCGAUAUGCGAGGUAUGUGGGAAGUAAAUAAAGGAAGCGCAUGAUGUGGCUUUGCCUCGAGGAUGUUUGCUGAUGGACAGACCUUUGAUUUUAAGACUGACAUUAUUCUGGUAAUAAAAAGAAGAACCCGGAACAUACAAUCAUUUUACCUUCUGGAUAUCAGCAAAUCUGUCAGUAGUGCACAUAUAAUCAUCUGAUGGAUGAGACACCUCAACAUAUAUACUGCAAAUGGCACGCACUGUAUAAAGUUCCUACAUCAAGUCAUUUUUCCAACUCACAACUUUUAAAACUGUUUUAUGGAGAUUUUGUCUACUGAGUUUUACAGAAAGACGUUUCUUCAGCUGAAUAGUCGGUAUGUUGUUAAACAAUAGUACAAUAAAUUGAAUGCACUGUUCUUCUAUCCCUUACAGCUUUGUUUUCAUUACUGUCAAAAAUUAAAUUUGGCAUUACCUUGAGUAAGGUCUAUAGGCAGCUGUUUAAUAUAAUGACCUAUAACCUUUUGUUUUUUGCCUUUUGAUCUUCAUCUACUUCCUCUUUAAAGGCGAGAGUAUGCCAUCUGCACCAACUUACAGAAUCCUACGACCCCUCCUGCUUGGUAUCUUUUUAUUAGGAUGCUUUGUGACUUUGUUUUUAAUGUACAUCAAACCAUCUACGAGCUGGUUGUCAGGCCCGGCCGAGUCAGAAACAUCCACAGCCCGAGUGAAGAGCCUCCUUUCCACCAGAAGUGAACAGAACCAGACCACCAUCCUGGUCUGGCUUUGGCCUUUUGGUGAAACCUACGACCUGAACGUCUGCAGCUCUUUGUUCAGUAUCGAUGGCUGCUUCAUCACUGCAGACCGAAACCUUUACAACAAAUCUGACGCCGUGGUCAUACAUCACAGGGACAUCACCAGUGACCUGUCCAACAUCCCACCGACGUAUCGGCCCACGUUGCAGAGAUGGAUUUGGAUGAACUUCGAAUCACCUUCACAUUCAUCUCAGUUACCUGGAAUUGAAAACUUGUUUAAUUUAACUCUAAACUAUCGACAGGAUGCUGAUAUAGAAGUGCCUUAUGGAUCGAUUGUCGCAGCCCAAGGAGAUGAGGACUUCGUGCCACCAAGCAAGAACAAGCUGAUUUGUUGGAUCGUCAGCAAUUGGAACCCAGACCACGUCAGAGUGAAAUACUACAAUGAACUAUACAAGCACAUCGAGGUUCAUGCAUACGGACAAGCAUUUGGUGAGUACAUUUCCGACCAGGACUAUUUCCCUACAAUUGCAAGCUGUAAAUUUUAUUUGGCAUUUGAGAACUCAAUUCACAAAGACUAUAUCACUGAGAAAUUGUACAACCCGCUUUCCGUCGGCACUGUACCCGUGGUGCUCGGACCACCAAGGGAGAACUAUCAGAACUUCGUGCAGGGAAAUGCUUUUAUCCACGUCGAUGACUUCCCGUCUCCAAAGGAGCUGGCUGAUUACCUCCUGUUCCUUGACAAAAAUGAGGAGCUUUACCUGAAGUACUUUGACUGGCGUAAACACUUUAAGGUGAAAAAGGCAUACUUCUGGGCUGAACACACUUGUCUGGCUUGCGAUUACAUUAGAAGGCACAAUGAGUACAAAACAAUUAACAAACUCGACAAAUGGUACUGGGGUUAAUCCACAACUGAACCACUGGACCAGCUUAAUGAAAGUUGCUUGACAAUAAGAGCUUCGUGUACAUGUAACUUAAUUCAAAUGAGGGUCUGUUGUGAGCACUUGCAGAUUUAUAUUUUUGUAAAAUGUCCCAAUGUAGAUGUAUAUUUAUUUCAUGUUCGGUUUCAUGUGUUUAUUAAUCUGGAUGCAAAUUAUGCAUUUUAGAGUUUAAUAAGUAUGUAUUUAUUUGGAAAGCUGAUUUUGACCAAAAUGCACAAAAAGCGUUUAAAAGGAUAUUUCACCCAAAAAC